UCUGUGGUGAUUACCCUAUUUGAUAUUUCAUAUUUGGUUUGUUUACAUUAAUAUGUAAUCGAAUUUGGCUGAAUUUAGUCGAGGUCGCCGAGGUCCAACCCAUGAAUUUUUACAGAAAGAUUUAACAUACAGAAAAUAUGAAAAUAAAUAGCAAUAUAAAGAUAGCAGGUGAAAAAGUUAUUUUGGUACCAUACACAGAGUUACAUGUCCCCAGAUAUCAUGAAUGGAUGAAAUCUGAAGAAUUACAGCAAUUGACAGCAUCAGAACCUUUAAGCUUAGCAGAAGAAUAUGAAAUGCAAAAAUCAUGGAGAGAGGAUGAUGAUAAAUGUACUUUUAUAAUACUGGACAAAGAAGUCUUUGAAAACACGCACAAUGAAAUAGGAUCAAUGAUUGGAGAUACAAAUAUAUUUGUAACAGAUAAAACUCAAGCCCAAGGAGAAAUUGAAAUUAUGAUUGCAGAGAAAUCGGACAGAGGCAAAAAAAUGGGCUGGGAAGCUGUUAUAUUAAUGUUAUUGUAUGGAAUAGAGUAUGUUAAUUUAAAAAAAUAUGAAGCGAAAAUCUCUCUCUCCAAUGAGAAAAGUUUAAAAAUGUUUAAUAAACUUGGCUUUGAAGAAGUGUCCAGAAGUAAUGUGUUUCAAGAAAUUACUUUACAUAAAGUGAUCUCAACAGAAUGGACUACAUGGCUUAAAGAGCUAUGUAAAUAUAAUAUAGCAAAAUAUUGUUAAAACAUAUUCCCCGUUGUUUGAUGUGACAAAAUAUAAAUACAAUUUUUAUCGUGUUUUUGUGACUGAUAAAU